CUUUUCCUUCUUCUUUUCAUCUCUCUAAUUUCCCGUGCCGCCUCAUGUGUUGAGUCUUUCCAUCGUCGUGUCAAUUCCUACUCCUUUCCCUCUUCCUCUCCCUUCCCUCCCUCCCUUCCUCCAUACCCGCAUAUACUUCCCUACAUAUUCACCACCGUAGCUAUGGCUGCGUCCUGGUGCGCCCUGCGUGGCUCUCGUCAGCUUGCCUUGCGCACGCGAGUACGCUCAAUUCCUUCUUCAAUUGCUGCUCGCAGAAUAUCUAUACCCCUCCUCCGUUCUCUUCACACCACCUCCGAGCAGCCUUCUGCCUCCCGUCGUCAUGUCUACACCAGUUCUAUUGGCGACCACGGUGAUCCUCACCCUCGCGAUCUCUUCCAACCCCUCGAUACCUUUCCCAGGCGCCAUAUCGGCCCUGCUCCAGACGCAGCCAAGGAGAUGCUGGCUACGCUAGAUCCCCCAGUAGCUUCUCUCGAUGAAUUCGUGAAGCAGGUCCUCCCCGCGGACAUCCUCUCCAAGAAAGAUUUGAUCGUUUCUCCUCCGAGCUCGAACGCCAAGUUGUACCGGGAUAGUGUGCACGGUGGCUUGGGUGAGACCGACAUGCUCAAGCUGCUCGACACCUACCGCAAAGAGAUCGAUGUUUCAGGAAAGACAUAUAUCGGUACCGGCUACUACGGAACUAUCGUGCCUCCGGUAAUUUUGCGCAACGUCCUCGAGAAUCCCGCUUGGUACACUAGCUACACCCCCUACCAGCCUGAAAUCAGUCAAGGUCGCUUGGAGUCCCUCCUGAACUUCCAGACCUUGACUGCUGAUCUUACCGGCUUGCCUUUCGCCAAUGCCUCCGUGCUGGACGAAGCCACUGCCGCAGCCGAGGCGAUGACCAUGUCCCUGGCUACCAUGCCCAUGGGUAAGCAGAAGAAGCCCGGCAAGUCCUAUGUGGUUUCCAGUCUCUGCCAUCCUCAGACUAUCGCUGUGAUGCGCUCCCGCGCAGAAGGAUUUGGCAUCAACCUGGUUGUCGGAGAUAUCCUCGCGGACGACUUCAAACUCGUGAAGGAGCAAGGCGACAACCUCAUCGGUGUUCUGGCACAGUAUCCUGAUACCGAGGGUGGAAUCUACGAGUUCCAAGCCCUGAGCGACGCCAUUCAUAGUGCCGGAGGCACCUUCAGUGUGGCCACGGACCUUUUGGCCCUGACCCUGCUCAAGGCGCCCGGUGAGUUUGGUGCUGAUAUCGCCUUCGGAAAUGCCCAGAGACUGGGUGUUCCCAUGGGAUUCGGUGGCCCCCAUGCCGCCUUCUUUGCUUGUAUCGACAAAUAUAAGCGCAAGAUCCCCGGUCGUGUUGUAGGUGUCUCCAAGGACCGUCUGGGCAACCGGGCCUUGCGAUUGGCUCUUCAAACCCGAGAGCAGCACAUUCGUCGCGAAAAGGCCACCAGUAACAUUUGCACGGCUCAGGCUUUGCUGGCUAACAUGACCGCCAUGUAUGCUGUCUACCACGGCCCGACUGGCUUGAAGGCUAUUGCCCAGCGUAUCAUGUCCAUGACUGCCACCUUGCAGACUCAGCUUGCGGCUCUGGGCUACAACGUUCCUGUCAAAAGCAAUACUGCGGAUGGCGGUGCUGUUUUUGACACGGUUGUUGUUGAGCUGUCUAGCAGCCAGGAAGCCGACGCUCUUAUGUCUGCGGCACGCCAACAGCACAUCUACCUCCGUCGCGUCAAUGGCACUAAGGUUGGAAUCUCUCUGGACGAGACUGCUGGACGCGAGGAAGUGAGGUCUGUCCUCCAGGUCUUCGCCAACCAUGUCGGCAAGGGCGAGGUUACCCUUGAAGACAGGCUCGCUGUGUCAUCCGUCCCCGCCAACUUGGAGCGGAAGUCGGACUACCUUACUCACCCUGUGUUCAACUCACACCACUCAGAGACCGAGAUGCUGCGCUACAUUCAUCACCUCGAGUCUAAGGAUUUGUCGCUGGCCCACUCCAUGAUCCCUCUGGGCUCUUGCACCAUGAAGCUUAACGCAACCACCGAAAUGAUUCCUGUCUCGUGGCCCGAGUUCUCCCAGAUUCACCCCUUCAUGCCGGCCGACACCGCCAAGGGAUACACUCAGAUGAUUGACGAUCUGGAGCAGCAACUUGCCGACAUUACUGGUAUGGCUGAGGUCACUGUGCAGCCUAACUCUGGUGCUCAGGGUGAAUUCGCCGGUCUUCGUGUGAUCAAGAAGUACCAAGAGGCACACGAAGGCUCGAAGCGCGACAUCUGCCUGAUUCCUGUCUCCGCUCAUGGUACUAACCCUGCCAGUGCCGCGAUGGCUGGCAUGCGUGUUGUCACCAUCAAGUGUGACACUAAGACUGGCAAUCUUGACCUGGAGGACCUGAGAGCUAAAUGUGAGAAGCACCAAGAGAAUCUCGCCGCCGUUAUGAUCACCUACCCUAGCACCUUUGGUGUCUACGAGCCUGGUAUCAAGGAGGCCUGUCAGAUUGUUCACCAGUAUGGUGGCCAGGUCUAUAUGGAUGGCGCCAACAUGAAUGCUCAGAUUGGCCUGUGUUCGCCGGGUGAGAUUGGUGCUGACGUGUGCCACCUCAACCUUCACAAGACCUUCUGUAUUCCCCACGGUGGUGGUGGUCCGGGUGUUGGUCCUAUCGGAGUUGCUGAGCACCUGCGCCCUUUCCUGCCUUCUCACCCCGUCAGCGAAUAUCUUCAGUCCAAGCGCGGCGAGACCUCGUCUCCCCCGAUCAGCGCUGCUCCUUGGGGUAGCGCUAGCAUCUUGCCUAUCACUUUCAACUACAUCAACAUGAUGGGUGCUAAGGGUCUUACGCAUGCGACCAAGAUCACGCUGCUCAACGCCAACUACAUCCUUUCGCGCCUCAAGGAGCACUACCCUAUCCUAUACACCAACGAGAACGGUCGUUGCGCGCACGAAUUUAUCCUUGAUGUGCGCAAGUUCAAGGAUACUUGUGGCAUCGAGGCGAUUGAUAUUGCCAAGCGUCUUCAGGACUACGGAUUCCAUGCCCCGACCAUGUCGUGGCCAGUGUCCAACACUCUCAUGAUCGAGCCGACCGAGUCGGAGAGCAAGGCUGAACUCGACCGGUUCUGCGAUGCUCUCAUCUCCAUCCGUCAGGAGAUCGCGGCCGUUGAGAGCGGCUCUCAGCCCCGGGAGGGCAACGUCUUGAAGAUGGCCCCGCACACGCAGCGCGACCUACUCGCCACGGAGUGGACUCGCCCUUACACCCGGGAGACUGCGGCCUACCCUCUGCCUUACCUGGUGGAGAAGAAGUUCUGGCCCUCAGUGACUCGCGUGGAUGAUGCCUACGGUGACCAGAACCUGUUCUGUACCUGCGGUCCUGUGGAGGAUACUGCUUAGAUUCGAUGAUACCCAUGUUUUACUUUAUUGCCCUAAUUCUCUCUUCGGUAUUGCAAGUACCAUUUCAACAUUCCAUCCUUCAUUGGAUUAUACCUUGAGCAUUGUGAUGGCGUGGGCCAACUCACAAUGCGAUUCAACAUGACGAUAGACGACCUUGGGAUGGCGUUAGUUAUAGAUUUUAGAGCGAAAGCUCCCCGGCUGCAGUACUGGUGGCCUGCUACCUUACUUUAGCGCAAUGGGGG